CAACAACAUCUUGGAUUCCGUGCCGCGCUCGCUACGCAAGCGAGACCACAAUGUCCGAGCCUGUCGCGAUAGCCGAGCAAGCUCUCGGCUCUGGCCUCCCCGAUCUCACUUUCUUUAUUGAGAACUACCCUUCUGCCGCGGUCCUGCUUAACCAGGCCUGCAUUGUCCUCCUCGCGUCCGACAAGUUCUUAAAGGACUACAGUCUUCUUCCGUCCGACAUUCUCAAUCGCAGAAUCUUCGACGUCUUUGAGGAGUUCAAGCUCAUCCCGGACUCUGACACUCUUCGUUCCGUUAUUGACCUCGCCCGCGCAAGCGGAAAGGUCUACAUCACGACGGACAUUCAAGGCGAUGAUGGCAGCUUCUGGUCCGUAAGAAGCAAUCCUAUUGUUCGGGGAGGCGUCUUCAGCUAUGAACUCCUCUCCAUCCACGAGACCACGGACGAUCAUCUGGCACGCCAAGCUAUCACGGACCAGAUGGACACUGCUGAUUCCUACAAGAUCCUGGUGGAGCAGGCCAAGGACUACGCCAUGUUCAUUAUUGAUCCCAUAGGCAACGUCAAGACUUGGAACAUGGGCGCACAACUCUUGAAAGGGUACACCAAGGAGGAGGUCAUUGGAAAGCACUUCUCGAUCUUCUACCUAAAGGACGACAUCGAAGCUGGCAAGCCGCGGAAGGAGUUGGAGAUUGCUUUGCGUGAGGGUCGGGUGGAAGAUGAGUCGAGACGUGUCAAGAAGGAUGGCACCACUUUCUGGGCAAAUGUUAUCAUCACCGCCAUGUACCGCGAUGGGAAGCACAUCGGGUUCUCCAAGAUGACUCGGGAUUUGACAGAGCGAAAGGCUUCCGAAACUCGUGUCAUUGAUGCCUACAAAGAUGCCGACAAGGCCAAGUCUCAGUUCCUCGCAACCAUGUCUCAUGAGAUGAGGACUCCAUUACAUGGCCUUCUCGCCUCCCUCGAAGAAGUCUGCAUUGCCGGCAUUUCCCCUGAACAAGAAGAGCCAAUCAACGAUAUGAAAGAAUCGGGCCGCUAUCUAGGUCACGUUAUCGGCGGUAUUCUCGACUAUUCUGCUCUGGAAUCAGGUGGACUGUCCUUGAGCAUCAGUCUCGUCAAUCUCCACACCAUCGCCAACGCCGUCCUCCGCAGUCUCAAGUCUAUGGUCAAGACCGGAGUCUUAUUCCAAGCUACUUGCGACUCCGACGUUCCCGAGUCCCUUAAGGGCGAUCCCGAUCGAUACAGACAAAUCUUACAGAACAUCGCCGCAAAUGCCCUCAAAUUCACCGAGUCCGGAUUCGUCUCAAUCCACAUUAGCAUCAAGGACGAAGAUGUCACCUCCUUCACGAUCCUCACCACCGUUACCGACACUGGAAUCGGCAUCGCAGAAAAGGACGUUGGACUCCUCUUCCGAAGAUUCUCUCAAAUUGACAACUCCUCCACCAAGAAAUACCGCGGUACGGGCUUAGGCCUUAGCAUCUGCAAGAACCUCGUCGAGUUGAUGGAUGGUUCAAUCGAGUUCACCCCAAAUCCCGUAGGCCAUGGUUCUGUCUUCGAAUUCACGGUCAAGAUGCAGAGAAUCAACAUGUUGACGCCGAUGAGCGAGAGUGACGAUAUGCUCGACUCGCUCAUGCUGUCGCAUCAACCACCGUCUCCGAAGUCUGAGCUCAGAGCUUUGGCGGCGAGCAAACGUCUUCUACUUGCAGAGGACAAUCCACUGAACCAAAAAGUGGCUGUUAAGGCUUUGAAGCGACUUGGUUUCGAAUACGUUGAUACGGUUGUCAACGGAGCUGAAGCCGUUGCCAAGGCCAAGGAGAAUCGGUUGGUUUACGACGGUAUCUUGAUGGAUGUCAGCAUGCCCGUUAUGGACGGAAAGGAGGCCACGAAGGAAAUUCGGCUUGCUGGGGUCGGAACCCCAAUCAUCGCCAUGACUGCAAACGCUUUGAAGACGGACGUGGAUGAAUACUUAGCAAUUGGGAUGAACGGAUAUGUCUCCAAGCCCGUCAAUUCCGAUCUCCUAGUUGCCGCUUUGCUAAAGUGGUUGAAGUGAUAAGUGUGGAGGAAAGACUUGUAUAUUAGAUCAUAGAGCGCUGCUUUUUAAUGACUCGAGGAGCGUUGGGCGUUCAUCGAAGGUUUAAUUAGAUGCGAUGGGAGCGAAGCAAUGAUACCCGUGGACCAGAAUUGUCAAUGACCCAGCAAAG